AUGAUUGUCCAAGAGUCCUCUCAGGAUGUAUCCAGCUCAAGCUCUCAGGAGGAAUCCUCUGAUGAUGAUCUACCGAAAGUUGACGAACGUGUGAGUAAACCAAGUAACCAUAUGACUGAAAGACUACAAGAUCACCUUGCUGACAUGCUGGAAGCUUCCCCUCUCCCUGUCGGUCCGAAGAAGCCUGCUAAGGGCGCCAAGACCUCUAGGAAGAGGGGUGUCCUUGGUCCGCUAAGGCGCGCUGAAGUUAGGCGUUUUGUUGCGGUUAAUAAGUUAUGCUAUAUUGACUUACUUGAGACUAAAGUUCCCGAAGAUAAUUUUGAAUCUAUCUCCUUCACCCUCAUCAGGGGUUGGAGUUGGGUUGCAAACUAUAGUUGCUCCCCCCGUGGGAGGAUUUGGGUUGGGUGGAACCCGGAGCUUGUCUCUUUCCUUCCGAUUUCUAUCACUGAUCAAGCAAUUCAUGGGUGUCUUAAGUGUAAUGAUUCUGGUAUUACUUGUUCGGUUUCUGCUAUAUAUGGAGAGCACACUUUUGUCCGCCGUAGGCCGCUCUGGGCAGACUUGCAGCAUUAUAAUGAGAUAUUUCAAGAUACGGCGUGGGUGGUUGGAGGCGAUUUUAAUGCAAUUAAGGACCCUUCCGAUCGUGUUGGUAGCUCCACCAACUGGAUCCCCUGCUUUGAUGAAUUUGCUCAAUGUUUGGAGCAGACUGACUUGGCGGACCUCAGAUUUGUUGGCCUUCGAUAUACGUGGUCUACAUCGGCGGCGGGGAAUUCUAGAAAGAUGAGAAAGAUUGAUCGUGUGUUGGUAAAUAGCAAGUGGAAUGAGGACUUCUCCUUCUCUGAGGCGACGUUCCUUAGUCCGGGCAUAUCUGACCAUUCACCGGCCAUCGUUAAAGUUAUUCAUCCGCCUCGCACUUUGAAGCCUUUCAAAUACUUCCAUUUCUGGGAGGACCACCCUGAUUUCAAAUCCAUUGUCUCACAGGCUUGGAGCACAUUGGUGUAUGGAGUUCCUAUGUUUCAAUUAGUCUCUAAACUCAAGCUCGUGAAAGCCCGUCUUAAGCUUCUAAACCGAGAAGAGUUUUCGAGAUCUCGGGGGAGAGUUUCGAGGCAAGAGAGAACCUUAGUUCCAUUCAGGCCCGACCUUCAAGCUGACCCGUUGAAUCUCCAUCUUGCUGAAAGGGAGAUGGUAUUCAUCAAUUUUUUCUCUAACUUGCUAUCCCCUCAUGAGACGUUCUCUAAACCGUCUUGUGAAGAGUUAAAGAGUUACAUCCGUCGCCCUCUCAACGAAGAGCAGAUUGCUGCCUGCAAUGUUCCGGUUUCGGAUGACGAGAUCAAGUCCACGGUAUUCUCAUUAGCUAAGGAAAAAGCCCCGGGCCCAGACGGGUUCUCUGUGGAAUUCUUCAAAUCUAAUUGGGAAAUCGUUGGUCCCUUGGUCUUAUUGGCUGUUCGGGAUUUCUUCCAAUACGGGAGGAUGCUCAAAGAGGUAAACGCGACAAUCCUUACUCUUGUGCCCAAGAUUUCCAAUGCUAGUGCUGUUUCGGAUUUCAGGCCGAUCGCGUGCUGCAAUACCAUUUAUAAAGUUAUUACUAAGAUCCUAGCUAAUCGUAUAGCGGGUGUGUUACAUGAUGUUGUGAGUCGUUCUCAAAACGCAUUUGUUAAGGGAAUGAGAAUUAGAGAUAACAUUCUCAUUGCCCAAGAGCUUUUUGCGGGUUUUCAUCUUCAUCCGUAUCUCCCCAAGUGUGCGGUGAAGGUAGACUUUCACAAAGCUUAUGACACUGUUGAUUGGGAUUUUUUGGAAAAGGUUCUCCUUGCUUUCGAGUUCCCGGUUGAGCUUACAAGACUAGUGAUGGCUUGUGUUCGGUCUCCAUCAUACUCUAUAGCCAUUAACGGUGAACUUCAUGGUUUCUUUCGCGGAGGACAUGGUCUCGCAGGGGGAGAUCCCAUGUCUCCUUAUUUGUUUACUUUAGUUAUGGAAGUAUUCUCGGAGUGUUGA